CCGUGACUAAUGCUUGUCAUAUGACUGUGACACUCAUGGAGACGGUUACAGGGAGCAAGAUUUGCUCUCGGAUUUGAAAAAAGGAAGACAAGAAGAGAUCCCCUGUACCAAAUUAUUAUUAUUUUUGGUACAACAUGCCUCCGACUCUCUUCCAAAAACUUUUCAACAAGAGGAAUGCAUUUUCGUGUCCGCUGCCGAGAUGCAGCAAAGAGGACCCAGCUUUCAGCUGGCCGAUCCCCCAGCUGGAGCCCAGUCAGAUCCGGCUCAUAGUCUACCAGGACUGUGAGCGGCGUGGCAGGAACGUCCUCUUCGACUCCAGCGCCAAAAAGAGGACCACGGAGGAAACGCCCAUCACCAGCACUGAAGGCCAGGCGAAGAUGUUCGGGAGAUGCUGCCAGCUGCGUCCCACUGGAGGCAGCAGCAGUUCCCUGGACAGCUCCUCCUCCUGCACCUCAGAGACCAAGGAGACCAAGGAGCAGGGCAUCCGCUUCCAGGGUUCGAGGUGUUCGUCCGACGUGGUGAUGUUGGGGGAGAUGAUGUUUGGCUCGGUGGCUAUGAGCUACAAAGGUUCCACGCUAAAGAUCCACCAGAUCAGAUCGCCUCCUCAGCUGAUGCUGAGUAAGGUCUUCACUGCCAGGACGGGGGGCAGCGUGUACGGCAGCCUCAACACGUUACAGGACAGCCUUGAGUUCAUCGGACCGGACGGCAACACCUUAAGGCCCGAUCAGAACACGGGGCCCAGCAGCCACCUGGGGAACAUAGGAUUUUCUCAGCUCUGCAGCCCGAGGCGGGCCUUUUCAGAACAGGGCCCUCUGCGCCUCAUCAAGAGCGCCUCUUUCUUUUCAGGCCACAGUCACCCCAUGGACAUGCCUGGCCGAGGGCUCCACGAGGAGAGGGACAGCGGCAUCGCCAGGUCAGCGUCUCUGAGCAGCCUGCUCAUCACCCCCUUCCCGUCUCCCGGCUCCUCCCUGACCAACAGCAGCUGUGCGUCCAGCUACCAGCGCCGCUGGCUCCGCAGCCAGACCACCAGCCUGGAGAACGGCGUCUUCCCCCGCUGGUCGGUGGAGGAGAGCUUCAACAUGUCAGAUGAGAGCGGCGGGCCGAGCCUGGGCGUGGCCCGGAAGAAGAAGAUCGCCAUCGGGGUCAUCUUCACGCUGUCCCCCGACCCCGAGGAGAACAGCCGCUUCCAGGACUUCUUCUUCUCCCACUUCCCCCUCUUCGAAAGCCACAUGAACAAACUCAAGAGCGCCAUCGAACAGGCCAUGAUGAUGAGUCGGAGGUCAGCUGACGCCAGCCAGCGGGCCUUGGCUUACAGCCGGAUGGUGGACGGGCUCAACGAAUUCAGGAGGACCAUCUGCGACCUGUACACCAUGCCCCGGGUGGCCGAGCCCGUCUGGUUGACGAUGAUGUCGGGGGCGUCGGAGAAGAACCAGCUGUGCGGUCACUUCAUGAGGGAGCUCGCCCUGCUGAUGGAGCAGGCCUCCAAGAACCAAUUCCUCCCGGCGUUAUUGACGGCCAUCCUGACCAAUCACCUGGCCUGGGUGCCCACCGUGAUGCCCAACGGGCAUCCCCCCAUCAAGAUCUUCCUCGAGAAGCACUCCUCCAAGAGCGUGGACAUGCUGGCAAAGACGCACCCGUACAACCCGCUGUGGGCCCAGCUAGGAGACCUGUACGGCUCCAUCGGGUCGCCGGUGCGCCUGUCGAGGACGGUGGUGGUGGGACGCAGACAGGAGCUGGUGCAGAGACUCCUCUACGUCCUCACAUACUUCAUCCGCUGCUCCGAGCUGCUGGAGACCCACAUGCUGGACAGCGCCGAGGACGAGGCCAUCGUCAUGCCCGGCUCCCUCAUCACCACCUCCCUGAGGAAAGGGGAGGUGGAGGAGUCCGACUACGUCCUGGUCACCGUCCACAAGCCCAGCGGGGACUACCUGUCCCAUGGGGCCCAGGGCCGGCAGGCCGAGGACGGCAGCUACCCGUCAGACAACAGCCUCCAGAGCAGCACGUACACCGACACGGAGGUGGAGGUUGGCGCCGGGAGCGUGGAGGAGGAGGAGGAGGAGGAGGACAGCAGUCAGAGUCAAGGGUCAGAGAGCAGUGUGCUUCAGACGGGGCGCAGGCAGGGUCACAACCCUGUAAUACGGACUCCAGAAGCAGCCCAACCGGGGGGGGCGCACAGAGAGUCCAGCUGCCCGCCGGCUGCCAAGGCCCAGCUGGAGGAGGUGCUGUGCGUCGGCUCGGCGCCCCCCGGGGAGCAGGUCUGUGUGCUGGAUUCUGAGACCAAGGGAGACCGCCCCGUCCCAUCUGCACCCUCGACCCUUCCAUCGAGUCCGUCGCCGACCAGUGUGGACACAGAGGGGGCUCCCUGCGGCACCGGGGACCCACCCAUCAUGGUGCCGUCCCCGCGGACCUUAAGACUCCCCCUUGAGAAGAAGCCCCCGGAUAAGAACCCGGUGACUGGCGUGCCGGGGCCCGUGGCUAUGACUCUCACGGAGGAGGAGGAGGAGGAAGAGGAGGAAGAGCAGCCCGCAACCAAGGUCACCUUCCUCAUCGGCGACUCCAUGUCUCCUGAGUCGGACACGGAGAGCCGCAGACGGCAGGUGGACGAGGCUUACAAGAAGCACCUGCUGGAGCAGCAGCAUCUCCGCGGGCAGCUCCACCCCCUGCGUCCGCCGCAGAGAGGGGCGGAGCCAACGACCAGCAGCACCGACGCAUCGGAGGACCAAACCAAACCGACCAAGGGGGCGCCGGCCCUGCAGCGGGUGUCCAGUAAGUGGACGCCGACCUGUCUGGACAAUUUUGAGGAGUAUUCCAGCCAGCAGGACACUGUGGGAACGAGGACUACAGACCAGGAGGCCGGCACCACGGACCCCCGGGGAGCCCCCCCGCUCCGGGGCUCUCAGGGUGCAGUGAGCGGUUUGGGUUCGGGUAGCGUCGCCGUAAAGGGGGGCCCUUUGUCGCAGGUCCAGAGGAGGUGCAGGUGCGGCUCCACGGACUUCUCAGACGCCUGCUGCUGCGGGGGCUGUGCCGCCAAGCAGGACAAGGGCCCCCCGCCGACAGGCCCCGCCCCUCAGGGCUGCCACGACAAAGAGGACCAAAAGCGCGGCGCGGCGCCCGUCAACGAGUGGGAGAUACCGCGCAACGAGAGCUCGGACAGCGCGCUGGGGGACAGCGAGAGCGAGGACACGGAGGACUGGCAGGAGGAAGUGCUGGUGCCGUUCCCUGGGUCGAAGCUGGUGGAGAACUACUCGAAGCCGAGCAUCGCCAACUUCGGGCGCUCUCUGUUCGGGGGCUACUGCCCCACCUACGUGCCGGACUUUGUUCUGCACGGGUUGCCUGGCGACGAGAAGCUGCGGCAGUGCCUCACGGCGGAGUUAACCCAUGCUGUUCAGCACCCAGUGUUGGACGAGCCCAUAGCCGAGGCCGUCUGCAUUGUAGCAGACACGGACAGGUGGACGGUGCAGGUGGCGAGCAGCCAGAGACGGGCCAUGGACGCCAACAAGCUGGGGAAGGAGGUGCUGGUGUCCUGCCUGGUGUCCAGCCUGCUGCAGUCCACCCACCAGCUCUACAAACUCAACCUCUCGCCCAACUUUUGUAUCAUGCACCUCGAGGACCGGCUGCAGGAAAUCUACUUCAAGAGUAAGAUGCUCGCCGAGUACUUGAAGGGGCAGACGAGAGUGCACGUGAAGGAGCUGGGCAUGGUGUUAGGAAUCGAGUCCAGCGACCUCCCCCUGUUGGCGGCCGUGGCCAGCACGCACUCCCCCUACGUGGCCCAGAUCCUGCUGUGAGCUGCCCCCCCCCUCCCCCUCUCAACGUGGUGUAAUGCAGAUGUUGCAUGGGGUCGAGGUGGGCUAACUGAAGCAACCUCCUCCAGCUGUUUGAAUGUUGAAACUCUUUGUUGUAUUUUCGGACCUAAAAACCAAAGACUUUCUCCACGAUGAGGAGGAACCUUCAGGACGUCAGCCCAGUUCCUCCUGCUGCUUCUCUUUUGGCUUUUCUCCUCCUCCUCUUUGUACAAUCUUAAACACAAGGGACAUAGGUUCAAACCACUUGGAGGUGAAUAUCUCUGAGAGCAUCAUCAAUCUCUUGCCAGUUGUGUCGUUUCUUCUUAUUUUCAUGCAUUUGUUUACAAGCCACAUUUCUUAAUGGUCCCGUUUGGCUCGAAGUGGCUGUAACAUUCUGACCACAGGUCCAGCUCUACCUCAGACGUCCUCACGGGCAGAAUGACGACGUCCCGCUCUUUUAAUCAGAGGACUCCAUGCUGUGUUCUUCUCCCUCAAAACAAAAAGGGAAACGUCAGAAAUUUGGAUCGUCGUAUUUUUGCAUCAGAACGCUUCAUCGACCCAAAUGCUGAACUAUUUUCACAUUUUUAUAGACGUCUUUUUGUUACAAUGUUUACGGCUUCGAGAGGGGAACGUGUUGCCGUGGGAGGAAAUAUAAAUAAAUAAAUAUAUGUAUAUACUGGUUAACACUAUUUUCACUCACGGAGAUACUAAACUACACCUUCUUGGCUCCCAGGGAGGAUUCUGUCUCUUUUUUUUUAGUCUGGGUGUGAUUUGAUUUGACUUUAAUUUGGCUUCACCUGCGUUCAAAUUUGGACAAAACCUAGUGAGUUAAGGCCGAUGUGUAAUAUUGGUAAAAUAAUAUUGAAAAAGCUUGAGAACAAACACCUGUUUUUAUUGAAAUCCUCCUCCGAGGGCAGAUAUCUUGGGGCCUUUAUUUCUUCUUCUGAAACCCCCCCGCCCCCCCUCAGAUUCUGAGCCCAGUCUUAACUGAGAUCCUUCUGUCGGUGGAAUGGAUCCUUGACGCCCGUCACCUUCACAUAAUAAAGUCCCGACUUUAUACGUCUGCGUUGCCCCCUCGUUGUGUAACUUAUUUAGUGUGAAGCGGUUCAUGUAAACUGUACAGACUCCUGUUUUCUUCAUGUAUUUGUACAGAAUGUCUCCUCCAAUUAUCUUUUUUUUUCUCAAUUUUAUGGGAAUGUUGUGCAAUAAAGAUGCCGAUUUUAAGAA